CUCAUUGCAAACAGUGCGACAUUUGAGAAAAAGACUGUGUUCUCACAGGAGAAAUAUAGGCUUAAGAAGCAAAAGAAAUAUGCUCCCAUUGUACUUCUGAGGCGCCCUUUCACUAGAAGUAUAUGUGAGGCGUACUUAAAGAAGUAUCCGACUAGGAUUGGAUUCUUGCGAAUGGAUACGUUAUCUCUUCUGCUUUCCAUGGCAAAUGUCUCUGCAAAUUCUGAUGUCCUCGUAGUGGAUAUGGUUGGAGGACUUCUUACUGGAGCUGUGGCAGAGCGUUUAGGAGGGACGGGCUAUGUCUGCAACACAUACAUUAGUGGCUCGCCUUAUCCUAUGGAUAUAGCGAGGAUAUUCAACUUUGGAGAUGAAAUUUGCAAGAGGAUUGUGAGGUCUCCUCUCACUGAUCUCUUCUCUGUGCAAAAUGGUCUGCAAAAACCAGUAAUUCAAGAUUCGGACUCUUGUAACAUGGAAAGUCAGUCAAAUGACCGAAUUUCUUCACCAGUCAGCAUGGAAGAAGUCUCUCUUGCAUCUGAAAAUGUGAUAUCGGAUCUUAUUCCUGAGUCUACCAGUUCUCCAGUAAUCAAGAUGUCCAAACCUGCAAAACUGGGAGAAAAAGCACCACAGGAAAUCAUCAGCUCGUGGAAAGAGCAUGGUUUCUCUUGUUUAAUAAUAGCAGCACCAGAGCUGGAUACUUGGAGCUUAGUUAAGGAGAUCUUUCCACUUAUGUCAAAUUCAGCUCCUUUUGCUAUUUAUCAUCAGUAUCUUCAGCCUCUUGCAACAUGCAUGCACAAUUUACAACUGGGAAAAAUGGCAAUUGGCAUGCAAAUUUCAGAACCUUGGCUACGUGAAUAUCAGGUACUUCCAUCAAGAACCCAUCCAUGCAUGCAGAUGAAUGCAUUCGGUGGUUACAUUCUUAGCGGGACCAAGAUAAGUCCCAACUGAUUCUACCUCUAAAAGAACUAAAUCACAAGGCGUGAAUUGCUGUUAUAUGGAUGUUCGUGAGCAAAACCCACUGCGUCCAAUAUGUACACUAGCUUUCAUUUUUGACUUAUCUAUAAACCUGCAAAUACUGCUUUUUUUCUCUUGCAGGGUUUGCAAUCUGUGGGUUGUGGCCCUUAUGUAUUUGUACGGCAAUUUUUUGGGCCUAAUGAGAAUAAUGAUGGUGCUCUGUUUUUCUUGCGAA